CAAGAACAUACAAAUUGUGACCCCUGACAUGCAAAGGACCUUAAGUGAAGCCCCCCCUCCCUCCCCCCCUACCAUUUCCAACACCACGAAUGAACUCUCACACUCAAGCUAAUGCUGCUGGAAAACCUUUCUGGAGAUUAACAUAACAGUGUCCAAGCCCUCCAAUUGACCCCUAUAUACUUACUAUAGUUUGAACUGUCACUGCCAUCCUUAGAGCCCUUUGUUUUAAAGGAGGUAAAUCAAAUUUCAUGCAUUGUUUUGAUUCUACAGCACCAUCUAGUGUCUGCAAAGAGGAACUACAUUUGUUUAGAAGGUGGUCCAAACUCUGUUGAGAAAUGGGUUGUGUAUAUUUCACCCAUUUUUCUUCAAUAGUUUUUUUUUGUUUUUUGUUAUAAGCAGAAAUGGCAGAAUAUAUAUAUUUAACCUGUUUUUGUCAUUGUGCAAAUAAGACAUGUUUAUAGUUGUAUGAAUGGAAUUAAGUAUUCCAUUUUGAAGCAAUAAUGUAUUGCACACAGCAAAACCCCUAAUUUCUUCAUAUCCUUUGUUGCACCAAGCACCUUAACGUUAUGGCUCCUGGGCAUUUGAUGUUGCCCCAUUUCAGUUUUGAUGCACCUGCACUUUCUUGCGUAGUGUGUCUGAAAGACUAGAGCGGUAGUGAUGCAAAUCAAAUCGAGAUUGGUUUACAUAUGACGCACAUUCCAAGUUACACAAAGGAGUCUGUCUACUCUAAAUAUCAGCGUACUGCAGGCAUAAAAGGGAACUCCAUUUUUUAAAUAAGAUGUAUAAAUGCCCAAGUAUUGGAAACAAAACCACCCAUCAUAUUGUUUCAUCUGUGUGACUGAAAUAGGGCUAAACCUCUCAAGAACCUCUCACCCCAAUCAUUUAUUUGUUCACAACCCCACAGGAGUCUUACACAUAUGUUCAAAACAUGUUUAUGUGAUUUCAGCGUCCCUUAUGAUAAAAUCACACUCCUUGUGACACUGGAGGCUGACACACGAGAAGUGGUUGAGGAAAUGUGAUGUUUGACACGAGUGUCAACACAGAAGCGUGUCAUGAGUCGGGAACUUCCUCAACGGCAGUGAUCUGACUGUAGAUGAAUUAUAUGGCUUACGGUAAAUUUCACUUUCGGCAAACAGGAAAACAAGCCAAUGGUUGAGUGAGGGGAGGAGCGUAGAGACAUGCAGUUAUUGUUGCUUGACUCGUUGUGACAAACACUGUGCUUUCCACAAAGGACACAUCACAAUGGCUGAUCUAAGCGUACCUUCUUAUACCCUUGACUUUGGGUCAAUAUAUGAAGAGUACAACUUCACUUAUAAUGACUCAGGGUUUACUAUAAAUCCUGAUACGCAGCCAUGUCACACCUUCUCCAUCCCAGAAGCAGUGAUGAUUGUUGUCCAUGUGUUUUAUAUCCUCGUCUUUCUGUUGGCGAUUCCUGGAAAUCUGGUAGUGUGGCUGGUGAUUUGCCUUAGCAAGCAGGCGUUGCCUCCCUCUGACCUCUACCUCCUCCACCUGACAGUUGCUGACCUCCUGCUGGCUCUUACUCUCCCAUUCUGGGCCACCUCCCUUACAAAGGGAUGGGUGUUUGGAGACGCCAUGUGCAAAAUUGUCUCAAUCUUCCAAGAGCUAAGCUUCUACUCUAGCAUUCUCUUCCUGACUUGCAUCAGUAUGGACCGUUACAUGGUGAUAGUUCGAGCUAUGGAGCCCCGCAGGGCAAACCGACAGCUGAUCAGCUGGGGGGUUUGUGCUGCUGUCUGGACUGUUGGAGCAUUUCUGUCUUUGCCAGGACUCUUAAAUUCUGCUUUUAUCUCGCACAACUCUAGCCAGAUAGUGUGUGCUGAAUUGUAUGAUCUCAGCAGUGCUGAUGAGUGGCGGCUGGCCACCAGAAUUCUUCGCCACACUCUGGGUUUUGUCAUCCCCUUGGCCAUCAUGCUGCCCUGUUAUGGAGUAACCAUGAAGCGGCUCUUUCACAUCCGUGGGGGGUUACAGCGGCAACGAGCCAUGAGAGUGAUUGUGUUCGUAGUAGUGGCCUUCCUGCUUUGUUGGACACCAUACCACAUUGCAGUGAUGACGGACACAUUUUUCAGGACGAAGGUAGUGCCCUACAACUGCACGGCAAGGACAGCGGUGGACAAGGCUAUGUUUGCCGCCCAAAGUCUGGCCCUGCUACACAGCUGUGUCAACCCGGUGAUGUAUGCUUUCAUCGGAGAGAAGUUCAGGAAGAGGCUUCUGCAGAAAAUGAGGCAGAUGGGUGUUCUGGAGAGAACACUGUCAAGAUCCAGCAGGUCUUCUGUAACAUCAGAAAUCACAUCGACAUUCAUGUGAGAAUACCAAAGGGAUGCUUAUUGGGGUACUAUAAACUAUUCAGAUGAAUUGAUCACAUACAUGAUCUCAGGUGUUGGACAACAAGUACUAGUUUUGAUAGUUAACUGCAUUUUCUAUCACUUGGUGGAUACAUGCACCAUUAAUCAGUUUACCAAAGUUAACAUACUGAAUCAUAAAAAGGAAAAAAAAAAAGCAUUUCACCAAAUUUGUAAAUAAUUUUUCAUGCUUUAUUCUGUUCUUCUAGUCUUAUUUAUCUUGGCUUUGGUUUCAAUCCAAUAUAUGCAAGGAAAUGCUGCGUAAAGUUAAGCUGUGAACA